ACUGAUUCUGUUAGGUUUCAGGUUCGGUUGACUCAACACUUUACCCAAUUGGUUGGGUCAAAUACAGUUCAUAUAAAAAUCCAUUGCCCUCUUCACAAACCUCCAUUUUCAACUGGACUGUGACCUGAUCAGACAACACUGGACUUCUCAAUUCAAAUAAAACAUGAACAUCCGUGAGAUCCUCAGUGCCUCCUCUGAAGGUAGACCUGUGGUUAUCAGUCUAGAUGGAAAUCAGCAUAUGUCCAUUCGUGAAAGACGAAGUGUUCUGACCACACAAGUGGUCAGAACACUUGUGUCACACCUGAUGGAUCAAUAUGGAGAAAACCCAUCUUCAGACACUAAAGCAAUUCUGGCAUCUUCGAUUGUGGACCAGUUUCCAUGUUUAAGAGACAGCCAUGGCACAGGAUAUGACGCCUGGUUUACCCCCGGAAGACAACACAGGCCAGCAACUGCCUUUCUGGAGGAGCGUCUCCGUAAUGUAAGGAAAAGGCAUCAACCAAGGAAGAAGAUGCUUUCAGCCCCAGAAGCUCCACCAAAAAGAUUAAGUUUGCCUGAACCAACCAUCAGUGCUGAGCGUGCCAUCCAGAUGACAGAAUGGCUGAAAAAUAACUUUUGGCCCACAGACCAGGUUGUCCAAUACAUGCGGGAAACUGCAGUAUAUCGCGCAGGAUGGAUCCGCUCAAGUGGGACAAUCCCAAUGCAGCAGAUUUUUGCAGAGUUGGACACACCAGGAAUGAUUUUGCAGGACUUUGCCGUUUUAUAUCCACAAUCUUGUGGAAAACUGACAGAGAACUGGAACACCUUGUUCUCAUCAAAGGUCAUUCGCAUGGGGAAGAAGGAGGAGAGCGGUCUUCUGCCUGAGAUUGAGUUGCUUCCACAAGACAAACAAGGUGACGUGGCACUCCAGCUGCUGCCAAAACUCCUCCCUGCUGUUCCCUACAGAGUUGGGCGAAAGGUGGUCAGACCCAGCAACCUUGAAGUCCAGCAAGCCUUCAUUGAUGUCCAGCCAAUUGGGACAAAUAUGGUGGAAUAUCUUGGAAGUACGGCAACAGAGCAUCCACGUGUUCUCAUGCUUGGGGACAGGUAUUGUUGUUCCCAAGCAUUUGUCGUCAUAAAUGGAACUGCUUUGGAAUAUCCAUCUCUUUUGGGGGCUGUUGACGGCUGUUUCAAAUCGUUCUUCGUUUUUGAUAUGAGUUAUCCGAAGUCGUCGAUAACGGAGCCAAAUAAAUCUGAGUCUCCAGAAGCCGAGGAGAUGUUUCCUCCUGAACGGGACACACGGGGUCGCUCCUCCGCCUGGGGUCAGAGGUCAUCUCCCUCCCUGCAGAGGAGGCAGAGACAAGACGGAGGACCGGAGGGACAGAUCCAGACCAGGCAGGAAAACGUCUCUGACUCCGUCGUCCUCAGGAUGAAGAAGCUCGGCUGUUGUCUGCGCUUCCUCCAGCAUGUUGCUGCGGCGUUCCUCAGGGUUCUGCCUGGCGCAACACUGCUGGUGGCCAGCAGGAGCUGA